CUAUGGCCUCCAACCGGCCCACCAGGCCCCGCCCCCCAGCCGCUCUAGCCUCCGCUCCUCUCGCUGGCGGAGGUUCCCGACCGCGCUCGCUCCCGCACCCGGAAGCCUGGCAGAAGAACCAGGGCCCACGGCGGUGGGCGGUGCGUUGGUCAGACUCGGGCCUCUCGCUCGCCGCUGCGUUGGGACUGCGCAGGCCGGUGUGUGCAGUGGCCUCAGGGAUCCGAAAAUCUAAGACUGAACUCUCUUCUAACAUCCAGUAAUGGGGCCCUGGAGCCUGGGCGUACUAGAGUGCCGCGCUUAGGGCUCCAGGUCCCUGGCUUCGCACUUUUUUCUCCAAAGUUGAGUAUCUCCUAUCUGCAUCCUCAUACUACCGCCUGAGGUGCCAUGGCCCCCAAGCCGGGGGCCGAGUGGAGCACAGCCCUGUCCCAUCUGGUGCUGGGAGUGGUGUCUCUGCACGCAGCCGUGAGCACAGCCCAGGCAAGUCGAGGGGCUGCUGCUGGCUUCCUGCUCCAGGUCUUGGCUGCCACCAUCAUGCUGGCCCCAGGGCUGAGCACACAUGAAGACUGUCUUGCUGGAGCCUGGGUGGCCACCGUCAUCGGCCUGCCCCUUCUGGCCUUCGAUUUCCACUGGGUGAAUGGGGACCGCUCCUCUGCCAACCUGCUCCUGGGAGGAGGCAUGGUGCUGGCAGUGGCUGGCGGCCACCUCAGCCCUGAGGGCCGCUCUGUGGCUGGUCAGGCAAUGCUGUUGGUGGUCGCAGUGACCAUCCUCAUUGUAGCUGUCUUCACGGCCAACACUUAUGGGAUGUGGGGGGGGACCAUGCUGGGUGUGGCAGGCCUCCUGAGCCGGCUGGAGGAAGAUAGGCUACUGCUGCUACCAAAGGAGGAUAUCUGUCGCUGGGCCCUGGCUGCAGGCAGCUGGGCUUACUGCCGGGCCCUACAUACACAGCGCCUGCAGUGGGAAUGACAGUUGGAUACAGCAAGGCAGGGUUUCUGCCUUGCUGAAACUUUCCCUCCCACCUGCCUGCUCCUGGCGCCUUCUCCCCUAGAGGUAGACUCUCCUGCCCACUGAAGUGGGCUUGCUGCACAUUGACUGGUCAGGGGCAGAGUCUGGGUGCUGUCCUUUGGCCACGUGUGGGGACUUGCCUAGACCAGAAUGAAAGGGACAGAGUCCCAGACACGUUUGGGGGACCUGAUUCUGGGCUGGACAUGGUUGUGGAUCCAGAGAAGAGGCCUAGUCUCCAAUAAAUCUUAGGAAUUUUGCAGGAAUAUG